AUGGGAGUCGAUUUGUGCUCAUAAAUACCAACUGAGUGUUUUGCUAUUAUCAUUAUAUAAUCAGGGGCUAUAAUAGUUUUAAUGAUUUUGAUAUUAUUGAUGUAUAGAUAUCAAAUAGUUCAUAAAUUGCAUCCAACUAUGAUAGUUGAUGUUGAACCAAUAAAAUUAGAUAAAUUAUAGAAUAUAGCAAAUUGUGACAUGUCAUACGACUCAACUAUGCAUUAACAAUGA